AUGCAUGGCCAUUCAGAGCCUUGCCUGCAUACCGACCCUGCCGGCGCGCGCUUCCUCCUUUUCUUUUCCCAUCACGGCUUCGCGACCUUUGAGCCGCAAGGAGAGAGCCAGAAUCCCGUCUUGUCGCGCCCACAGAUCCGACCCGAAGCCUCUCACGCCCCUCGGCCUCCAAUUCCCCCCGGAGCCCCACGAUCCGCGACUCCUCGGACGACCCUGCGGCGAGCCGAAGCGGCAGCAACAACGGGCGCGUGUCGGCACCGAUUGGUCAGCUCGCCUCUCUGCGACAACCCGUUCACGACAUAG